GGGGGGAAUAAUAAGUUCGCACAUGAUGACAUGUGUAGUGUUGUUGUAGACCUACACGUACGUACAGACUUCCAUCUGUCUACUAGCUAGGCGUGUGUUCUUUGGUACAGACGAGUUGUCAAAUAGUUAUUAAUUAACGCCUGUUGUAAACGGUUAGUUACCUCCAAAACAGCAUCAGUAUAUAUACAGUCGGUAGGCCUAGGUGAGUAGCAUCCGACGUCGCCCACUCCUCUAUCUACAACACACAUUGAGACGGGAUUAGAGUGGCACCAGCAGUGUAGUAGUCUAGUAUUCCAACAGUGUCCAAAUCUAUCAUGGCGACAUGCAAGUUAGCUGUUACGACUCUUGGUACGCCAAUUGGCCGGGUGUUGAUAAAAGCCUGCAGUGCUGGGGUCCAUGAGAUCAACCUCACAGAAACCACAGAACUCAACAACAACAACUCAGUUGUGAUGAUUAUUGAUGGAAAAAAUGAUUCUAACGAUGUGAUGGCAGCAACUGUUAAUUGGCUCAAGACUUACUUCACAGAUCUUCCUAAAGCUAGGAAAAUGUCACUCCCAGCAUUACAUCUUCCAGACAAAAAUCCAGAUUCCUUUCACUAUAAAGUGUGGAUGACACUUCAAAAUGAUGUUCCCUGUGGUGAAACAGUCACUUACGGCAAGCUAGCUGAACUCUCUGGUAAUGCCAAGGCUAGCAGAGCAGUGGGCGGAGCUAUGCGGACAAAUCCGACCCCUUUGAUAGUGCCAUGUCACCGUGUGACGAAAAGCGAUGGUACCUUAGGCAAAUACAUGUCUGGGAAGGGGGAUGUUAUCAAACGCUGGCUUCUUGAACAUGAAGGGGCUCAGGUCUAGUAAAGAUAGCAUGUAGCUGUUUUUGUAAUAAAGCUAAAAAAAAAAAAAAAAUUUGUUAAUUGCUUACAUGGUACUGUCUAAUUUACCAUAUUAAACAUGUAAAGAAAA